AUGAAGCGCGGACGCAACUUUGAGAUCAAGCUUGCCAUUGGCACCCACAACGACAGCAACAGCGAGGGCGAGGAGAACGCGCCCGACGCGCCCAAGGCCAAGCGCGUGCGCAAGUACGACGUGCGCGUCGUUGUCCCCGCUGGCGGGGAGGGCGGGGACGAGUACCCAGCGCAGCGCAACAACGACCUCCUCGACGGUAUGGACCGCGAGCUCGGCAACCGCCGUCGCACUGCCAUGCUGCACCGCCACCUCGACCUCAUCGAGCGCCGGGUGGAGGACAUGCUCGAACAUGUCAGGGCAGAGCGCAGGCGCGAGUACGACAGUCGCCGCAACGUCGAGGGCGAGGAGGACUCUGACCGUGGCUAUGAUACGGACGAUAGCAGGGACGGCAGGCGCAACGACUACCGCAACGACUACCGCAACGACUACCGCAACGACUACCGCAAUGACUAUUCCAACGACUACCGCAACGAUGGCCCACCCCACCGCGACCCCGGCACCGAGUCCCGCCGCCAUGUCGGCGACGGCCGCCGCAUCCUUGUUACGAACAAUGGACUGUUCCGCCGCGACGCCUCCGAGCAGCAGCUCGCCGACGAACUCCGCUACGGCCCGGCGCCUGUGAGGCUUCCGCACGAGUCGGACCGGGCGUACUUCGAAUUCGCGUACCAGAUGGGCCGCAACUACGAGGCGGAAGACAGGCGCGAGCGCAGCAGCGAGGACGGCCAGUCCUCUUCGUGCGAUAUCGACUGCGGCUGUCUCUACCACCUGAGGCACAUCGACAGCGACACCGACAGCGACACCGAGUCGUGGCACCCCAGAGCGUACGACCCCGACGAGGCGUACCGCGCCCGCGACGACGAUGACGACCAGACCGAGUUCCCGUCCGAGGAGGGCGACUACCGCGCGGCGCUGGAGAUCCUCGACCUGGCGGUACUGGCGCAGGAUGCGCUCGAGUUUCGCGCGAUGGAAGAGCGCGAGGAACGCGAGCAGACGCAGGAGCAGGAGAUGCGCGGGCAGGACGAGGCGUACGAGUUCGAAGAUGAGCACGUGGACUACCUGGGCCCUCCGGUGAGCGUGAGCAGCGCCGCCGGUGACAACCUCGUCAACCGCUACCCCACCGCCGACGACAUGCCUGUCGCGACGUGCGCCGCGUGGAACCUCGGCCGCUGUGCCGACGCGCCCGAGUGCCCCAACGGCAGGCUUCACGCGUGCGCCGUGUGCCACAUGUUCAUGCUGCCCGCAGACCACCGCCACAUCCGCGACGGGUGCCCGAGCUACCUUGUGUACGAGGAGUAUGACGAGGAGUAG